CAAACAAACAACGGAGCGACAAACCAUGACGUCAUCUCUAUGCGCUUGUCGAGGUGGAGUGGACGGUUGUCGUGCACGUUGGUGUGUUUUUUGAUUUAGCUGCAGACGGUUCAUCAUUGGUAUCGUGCGGGCACUUUGACUCUGAGAAGAAAUGUCGGUCACCGAGAUGUUCAGUUAUAUCCAGGGUUUCCUGAGCGCGGACCACGACGUCAGAGAGGAUAUCCGUAAAGUGGUCCAGGUCUUGGAGCAGACUGCCAGAGAGAUACUGACGCUUCUCCAAAGUGUCCACCAACCAUCUGGAUUCAAAGAAAUUCCUAGUAAAUGUGCAAAGGCACGUGAGCUGUUCUGCACAGUCCAGACACAGAUGGCAGACCUCAAGACUAAAUUUCCUGUGGAACAGUAUUACAGGUUCCAUGAGCACUGGCGGUUCGUCCUGCAGCGCUUGGCGUUCUUAGCAGCCUUUGUUGUCUACCUAGAGAGUGAGACUCUUGUGACUCGGGAGGAGGUGGCUCAGAUACUUGGCAUUGAGGUGGUGCGAGAGAAAGGCUUUCACCUGGACAUAGAGGACUACCUGGCAGGUGUGCUGAUCAUGGCCAGUGAACUGUCACGGCUGGCGGUAAACAGCGUGACAGCAGGAGACUACAACCGGCCACUACGCAUCUCCAACUUCAUUAACGAGCUGGACUCGGGCUUCCGCCUGCUCAACCUGAAGAAUGACCCACUGAGGAAGCGCUACGACGGUCUCAAGUACGACGUGAAGAAGAUUGAGGAGGUAGUGUACGACCUGUCCAUCCGCGGCCUGGCCAAGGAGCCCGAGGCUGGGGGGGACAAGUAGAGCUCGGACACUGUUAUUGGCUGUGGGAGACGGAGGAGGACGUGGUAGCCACCCCAGGCUGGGGCCUCUACAUGGAAGGCGAGACCCAGGGAUCGGCCUGAGGUUCCAGCAGCCUAGGACAGACUCUAUGAGUGUUUGUGUGAAUGCAUGCAUGAGGAGUGCAUUAGAUGGAUGGUGGUCUGUCAAAAGGGGGGUAGAGACACUGAUGCAGUUUGACCACCUUGUUCAGAGGCUUAAGAUCAAAGGUUCGGCGUGUCGCUGGUUUUUGGAAAUGCGUUCUUAAUUCGUCUGUUUAAUCCAUUUUUGUUUCACUGAAAUGUUUCAUAUAACAGUUUCAUCUAAUUUGCAACUUUCAACUUCCUGUUAUUGAAAUAUAGUAUAUUGGUGUUUUAUUCAUUCAGGAAGAGAAGUGGAGAUCGUUUGGUGCUCCUGCUGUGCAGAGCCUACGUUUUGUGGUUGUCUUCAUUUACAAAAACAAACGCACAGAAAAAAUGUGAAAUGUGUUUGUGGUGUUCACCUGAAGAGUUGGCACCUAGUGGUGUUUCUCAGGAGUCGGUGUUCAGAAAUGGAUGCAUCCAACCAGAGGGCCAGGAGCCUUAUUUAUAAAGCAAAAGUAUGUGUAACAAUCAAACAACUACAUCUAGACUCUAACAAAACUAAAGAUGGUGACAGCCACUCAAUACAUUAGACAGCAUUUUGAUGCAUUCUGACUUUCAUAAUCUUUAUAAGUGAGGCUCCAGGAGCAGUAGAGCCAAAGAAAUGACAACGAUGCACUUCACAUAAACAGUAGAUAUGAAGCUUUUUGGUUAAUUAGGUUCAUUCACAGCACAGUGCCAAUGAAGGUGUCUGUGGAGGCAGGUUAAUGUCUUGGUUGGCGAGUGAUGACACUUUCUCUGGAAUUUCAUGAGAAGAUACGAGAUAGUCUGAAUUUCAUAUGUUUACGGUUUCUUGUUUCUUUCACUUAUGGAAAUUUGUUGAAGGUUUGUUUUUAUUGUCAGCAUCCAUGCUUCUGUACUGUAGUGGAGCUGGAUUGUAUUUUUUGAAAUAAUUCAUUUUCACUCUCUUGCA